AUGACGGCAGUCCUGUCAUUGCUGCUGCCCAACUUCGUGGCGUUCGCCCCGAAGCCCGAGCCGACCUGCCCUGCGAAUGGCGCGUACUACUUCGAGCAAUUCCUUUUGGUGGACGACUACGACGACGACGAGGACUCUGUCUACUACAAGGAAGACGUCACCGCCUGGUCGAGCAAGGUCGAGGCCUCACGCGCCUUCCGCGAGACCGCCUCGGGCAGCGUGUACAACUAUCGCAACAAGGUGCUCAUGGGGCUGGGCCAGACGCGUGUGCUCAACGAGCCACCUUCGGUCACUGACCCGUACGACGUCUCGUUCGACCUGCCGAAUGUUGACCUGCCCGACACGGACGAGGGAAUCAUGAUGCUGUCCAUCCUGGAGAUGCAGUCGCUACUGCGCUCCGGCAAGAUCACAUCCUCGCAGCUGACCGAGAUCUCCAUCGCGAUGCUCCAGAAGUACGAUGCGGAGUACAACAUGGUCGAAGUGCCAGCGUACGAGAUUGCGCGCUAUUGGGCGGCGGAGGCCGACGCAAAGUUCGAGCGCGGCGAGUACACCUCUUUCGUGCAGGGCAUCCCGUUCGCUAUCAAGGACACCUUCGAUCUCAAGGGCGUCGCCACCGCGUACGGCUCGUGGCAGUACCUCAACAACGUCAUUGACGACUUCGAGUCCCCACUUGCGACCAACGCGAUCAAGGCGGGCGCCGUGCCCGUGUUUAAGUCGUCGGUGCCGCAACUCACUUGGGGAACGGCCAACUUCAACGGGACCGUGUACUCGUGCCUGCACGGAGGCUACUCCGCGGGGCCAGGCAACUCGGGCGGCUCGUCCAUCGGCUCCGGCAACGCCGUGUGCCUCGGCGUCGUGCCGGUGGCCAUCUGCGAGCAGACGGGCUCGUCGUGCCAGGCACCCGCGCUCGGCAACGGCAUCUCUACGAUCAUCCCCGCGCUCGGCACGUUCUCGCGCGAGGGCACCGGCCUCUACUCGCUCGAGACCGAUCGGCCCGGCCUACUCUGUCGUGACGUCAUGUCGUGCGCGGUCAUGUACAACUACAUGCGCGGCAAGUCGGCAGGCGACCCGAUGUCGCGAGACGUGCCGUUCGAGGACCCGUCCAAGGUGGACAUCUCCACGCUCUCGAUUGGCUUCACCGACAACCACAACACCACCGCGUGGCCGUGGGCCUUCGACACUCCCUUUGGUGGCAAGCGCAACAAUGUCCUCGAGGCGCUCCAGGACACGGGCGCCACGGUCAGCGUCAAGAGCACGCUCGGCGAGCACCUCGGGCCAAUGAACCAGCUCGAUGCCAAGGACACCGGCAUCAGCUUCUCAAGCCGCUGGGAUUGGUACUACCUGAACGUCGAGGGCUUCUUCGAGACCAUCUUCAAGUACGGCUCGCCAGACGGCGUCACCUACGCGCACGAGUGGCACGGGCAGAACUUCAACUCCCCGAACGGCCACGUCGGGGCAUCAGCGUACGCGGUGCAGGACAACCACUGGAUGUCGGGCUACGUGGCCGAGAAGGGUUUCUACCCCAUGCUGCAGGGCAUGCCGGACGUCGUCGUGCACUUUGGGCAAUCUGAGCUGACGGGCGCCGUCAUGGGCACGCACUACUACAAGCGUGCCGGAAUCAACACCGUGCACUUCCCAGAGUUCUACUGGGACACGUCCAAGACCUACUACAACUCGACUGGCGGCGUGUGGAAGCCAUACCGCGACGGCUCCUUUGAGGACAAGCACCCGCAGUAUCCGUGGCACCCGGCGAUGAUCACGUGCGAGUCCAAGAAGUACGAGCCGGCCAAGGCCCUCGCCGUUUGCGACUACCUACAGAAGAAGCUGAGCGGUGCGUGGGACCUCGACUGCCCGUACGACUGGAGCCACAAAGCGGGCUACGAGGGCUACCCUGACACCGUGGUUGGCAUGCCGGAAUACCUCAAGGACAAGAUCAAGGCGAAGAUGGGCAACAUCGGAAAGUCGCCACUCUGCAAGUGGAAGUGA